CUCCUCGUCCUCCGGCCGCCGCACGCCGGGAGCCCGAUGCCGGUGCCGCGGCUCGCCCUGCCUCCUCGGGAACAUGCGCCGCUGCCCGCCGCGCUGCCGGCGGGGCUGCUGCUAGCCAGAGCGGCGGCGCGGAGCCCUGCGCGCACCGCCUGCCCCCGUCCCUGAGCCGCCGGCCGACAGCGCCGCAGCCGCCGGCCGACAGCCCCUCGCGGAGAAGGCAGGCGAGCGCCGGAGGGAGGAGGGGACCCGUCUGCCCCCGGAGCCGCUGCCUGCGGGCGGCCAUGGGAGCCCGGCCCGCGGGGGGCGCUCCCUAGGGCGCGGGCGGCCCCGCUCGGCUGCGAGCCGCCGCCGUCCCCCCCGCCCCCCCGCCCCCCCCGGGCCUGCGAGGCGCGGCGAGGCGAGGAGCGGCCCGCGAGGCACCGCCGGUGCCCGGCGCCGCCAUGGGGGAACAACCCAUCUUCAGCACCCGAGCUCAUGUCUUCCAGAUUGACCCAAACACUAAGAAGAACUGGGUUCCCACCAGCAAGCAUGCUGUUACUGUGUCCUACUUCUAUGACAGCACAAGAAAUGUCUACAGGAUAAUCAGUUUGGAUGGCUCCAAGGCAAUAAUAAAUAGCACUAUCACCCCCAACAUGACAUUUACUAAAACAUCCCAGAAGUUUGGCCAAUGGGCAGACAGCAGAGCGAAUACAGUCUAUGGCUUGGGAUUUUCAUCUGAACAUCAUCUGUCAAAAUUUGCAGAAAAAUUUCAGGAAUUCAAAGAAGCUGCACGGCUGGCAAAAGAAAAAUCCCAAGAAAAGAUGGAGCUAACAAGUACACCUUCUCAAGAAUCAGCUGGAGGGGAUAUUCAGUCUCCUUUAACACCAGAAAGUAUCAAUGGGACAGAUGACGAGAGAGCGACGCCGGAGGUGACACAGAAUUCAGAACCAAGGGCUGAACCAACCCAGAACGCAUUGCCAUUUACCCAUAGUUCGACAAUCAGCAAGCAUUGGGAGGCAGAACUGGCCACGCUCAAGGGUAAUAAUGCUAAGCUCACAGCAGCCCUGCUGGAGUCCACUGCCAAUGUAAAACAAUGGAAACAACAGCUUGCUGCGUAUCAGGAGGAAGCAGAACGUCUUCAUAAGCGGGUGACUGAGCUAGAGUGUGUGAGCAGUCAAGCCAAUGCAGUCCACACACAUAAAACAGAAUUAAACCAGACAAUACAGGAAUUAGAAUCUACGCUGAAGAAAAAAGAAGAGGAAAUUGAAAGAUUGAAACAAGAAAUUGACAAUGCCAGAGAGCUCCAGGCACAGAGGGAUUCUUUGACCCAGAAGUUACAGGAAGUAGAAAUUCGAAACAAAGACCUGGAAGGCCAGCUGUCUGAUCUAGAGCAACGUCUGGAGAAAAGUCAGAAUGAGCAAGAAGCUUUUCGCAAUAACUUGAAGACACUUUUAGAAAUUCUUGAUGGAAAAAUAUUUGAACUAACAGAGUUACGGGAUAACUUGGCCAAGCUAAUAGAAUGCAGCUAAAGAAAAUGGGAUUUCAGUGCCAAUCAGCUUAAAGAUGCACUGUCUCUCUUUGUAGGACUGUGUUGGGCUCUGCAUCAAAGUUGCACAAAAUUAGAAAAUGCUCCUCUGAGAGGGCUUGUUUUAAAUUUGAGUCAUAUUUCAAUGUAAAAUUUAGAACUCAGCUUGUAGCUAGUUGAAGAAAAAGAAACAACGAACAAAAAAAAAAAAACUUGAAUUACAAAUUACCUCCUUGUACAUUAUUGGCCAUAGAUAACUUGAAAGAUACUAACAGUAAUUGAAUGCAAUCCUUUUCUAAUUAUCAGAGAUGGAAGAAUUAGCAGUGUCCCAGGUCACAUCCCCUUUUUGUGAUAGACACAAUAUAGGUUGUUUGCUGUUUUAUUUAUUUAAGAUAUUUAAUUGCUGUGUUUUGUGCAAGAAGUUAGUGAUGACAGCCCUGUAUUUUGUUGUUCUUAAUAAUUUCUCAGGAUACUUUGCACUGUGGAGAAACAGUGCCAUUACCAAUUUAUUCUUGUCGGGGUGAGAGAGAGUUGCAUCUUUAAUUGAAACGAAGUUACUAACUGCUUGUGUAAAGUUCUUCCUUUUGGGGUAUUUCAGUUGGUUGGUCAGUUGGUGGUUGGUUUUUUUGCUUGUUUGUUUGUUGCUUUUGGUUUUGCCUUUUUUUUUUUUUUUAGUUUAUAUAAAAGACCGUAUUUCUUUAUGGAACUUACUCAAGUGUUCUACAAUAUUGUCCAAUGUAAGGUUUACUUUUUCACGUGAAUUCCAUGUAAUUACAGUGAGAUACUAUCUUCCACUAAAUUGUAUUCUGAAUCCAACCAGUGAUGGCAGGUGAGUCCCCCAGGAAAAAAAAAAAAAAAGAAAGAAAGAAAAAAAAACAAAGAAAAAAAAAGAAAUGAGAAUUUUAAAUGUAAAAUUUAACUUGCACAGGUAACAAGAAAUAGCCAGUCAUUUGUUUUCUGGCCUUGCUGCGUAUAUCAAAUAUGUAUGUUGAAUUAACUGUUAGCCUGUUCUGCAGGAGACUUUUUCAGAAUGUCACAUGAAUUUCAGGUUUUGUUAUAAUGGCUUAUGGGGAGCACCGUUUAUUAUAGACUGCAUUAAGAGCAUAGAGCUAUUGCAAGGGAUUACUCAUAUACUGAACUUGUCCUGCCAAGAAAGCUGUUUCUAGAAGUUUUGUUGUCAUAACAAAUUGAAAUGGAGACAUGUUUACUCUUUUAUGGGUCUUCAUAUCACAUCUUUAUUGAAAUGACACCAGGCAAUAUUCUGAACUGUUAACUAAAUGUUUAAAAACAGGAAAUAAUUGAAUUCAAUUAUCCUCAGUGAGCAGGUUUUAAAGUUGUUCUGAUGUAAUUUUAACAGACUUUUGGCAAACACACAUGUCUUUAUAUAACAGAUUUAUUUAA